UGCGGAUGAUCAGUGUGAAGAACCCACCGGGCUCUCUCUGCAACACGAGGACGCCGUGGAGACGAUGCAAAUGUGGAUGGACCCAGUGGCCGAAAGCGCCGUGAAGAGAAGUGUGAAGUGAUCGAGACAAAAAGGUUUGCGUUGCCGGCACUCUCUGCGAAGAGAGAAAGAGAGGGUCCGUCAUGUUGUUUCCAUGAACCCCCUUCCCUCCCCCAUCUCGCCGUGCAAUGCCCUUUCUCUGAUUCGCAACCACCACACCCGUUUCUUGUCUCACGGAGGCAGCGUUGGUAGGCCAUGUGACGUUACCGUCUAUGUGCCGUAGGGCGUUUCAAGCUCGAGCUGAGAGUUUGAAACGCUUCUUGUAGCCGAAGAAACCCGGGAUCGUAUGCUGUUGGGAGUGAUGAGGGUGGUGGGUUUAUGAGUAGCUGUUUCGGGGGUGCAUUGGUUGUAUGGUUGGGUUGUGCAUCGGAGCUUAGAUUGGGUGGGUUUUGUUGAAUUUUGCCUAAACUUAACUUAUGUAAAGAAUUGUGGAGGUGGGGAGUAGUGUUUCAAGUAGAAGGAGAUGGGAAGGAUUUGUGUUGUGUGCGCCAAGAGAGCAGGGUUGUCAUAUGAAUCGAAAAGGAAGAGGCGGAGGUUUUAGGAAGAGGGGAGAAUGCCCUCUUCUGUGACUGCAAACAGCGAAAGUUCGCCAGUGGUAGCUCCACAAGAAAUGGAUGUGUCAUAUGGGAGUCGUUCGGUGCGGCGCGCUAGCGAUCCCGGGUAUACGCGGGUGGCCGUUCACGAUCGUGAGGAAAUUGAGGAAGUCGACACGGUCAUAAAUGUCGAUGAUCUUCUCAGGAGUAGACAAUUUACUUCGGACGGAGCACCGGAGAGAUCUCUUGCUGGAGAGGAGUAUGGAAAUAGGACUUGUUCGGAACGACAGGAUUCUGUGAGGUCGUUGACUGAAGAAGUGCAACACAUUGCUUCUGAAACGUCGUUAAUCACACGACUCUCAUUGACUCUUCUGAGAUUUCUUGGAGUUGGGACCCGAUGGAUUGCUAAGUUCAUACGACUAGGUGUUUAUGCUCUGUGUUUGAUGCCUGGCUUCAUUCAGGUCAUGUACUAUUACUUUUUUUCCAAGAAUAUUCAACGCAGCCUGGUGUAUGGGGACCAUCCUCGCAACAGAUUUGACUUAUUUCUGCCAACAGGAGGGCACAAACCGAGACCUGCGGUGAUCUUUGUCACGGGUGGUGCUUGGGUGAUAGGGUACAAGGCGUGGGGUGCUUUAUUAGCAAGGCAGCUGGCUGAACGGAAUAUUAUUGUGGCCUGUAUUGAUUACAGGAAUUUUCCACAAGGCUCUGUCAGCGACAUGGUGUCAGAUGUUUCCAGGGGAAUCGGUCACUUAUGUCAGAACAUUGGAGAUCCAAACAUUGGUGGUGAUCCAAACAAAAUAUAUUUAGUGGGUCAAUCAGCUGGUGCACACUUGGGGGCAUGUGCUCUGCUAUUGCAAGCGGAGAAGCAAAUAACGGAUGGAACUGCUGGACUUACUUGGAUUUCGUCUCAAAUAAAAGCCUAUGUAGCCCUUUCAGGCGGGUACAACCUGAGGAAUCUUAUGGAACAUUUUGACAGACGCGGUUUGUACAAAUCAUUGUUUUUAAGAAUCAUGAAGGAUGAGGAGGGAUUGACUCGGUUUUCUCCAGAAUGUAUUGUCAGAAGUCCGUCCUUUAGGGAUGCGGUGGCUCUGCUCCCUCCAAUUACUCUGGUUCAUGGCACAGCCGAUUAUUCGAUACCUUAUGAGGCCAGUGUUGAGUUUGGUGAAACCUUGAAGUCAGUAGGGGCAACAGUUUCUACUCUGUUGUACCCAGGGAAAACACAUACAGAUUUAUUCCUGCAGGAUCCCAUGCGAGGAGGGAAGAUCGACAUGCUAACAGAUAUUUUGGCAGUAAUUCACGCUGACGAUGAGGAAGAGCAAGCUUUAGAUGCAGCCAUGACGCGUCCUCGGAUGGUGCCCGAAUGUCUACUGCAGUUCGCACGCUGGGUUAGCCCCUUCUGAAGGUGGACGAGAAUUUGUUUUCAAGUUAUGAUGCUUUACAUGAACAUGACACUCAAAUGAUUCUCAAGUGGCUCAACAGAGUGCAGGACAGUCUUGAUUAUUGUCUCCAUCAGUUGAGGUAGUUGAUUCACCAUUCGAUGACCAAUUUCUUGGCUGGUGGUUGUAAAAUAAUUACUUUCAUCUCGCUUUUGGAAAGCAAGAUUUAAUGUUAGACAUGUGGACAAUCGUGAGGACACAUUGUUAAAUAUUGGUUUCACGACCACGUGAACAGUAUACUAGUGGAAACUUGUGCCGUUGGUCACGAAAAAUAUUUACUGAACAA